UCUCGGUGAAGCAGUAGGAAGUUUCUGCUGAGGUCUGGAUUGGAGAUACACAGCCGAUCCUCACUUGUAUGACUGGAGUCUAAAGAAACAAGAAUUCACCUGACCUCAAAGAGUCUACAUGUCUAAUAUUUAGACAUGUUCAGCUUUGUGGAUACCCGGAUAGCUUUGCUGCUUGCAGCAACAGUGCUUUUGGCAAGAGGUCAAGGAGAGGACGACCUUUCAGCAGGUAACUGUAUGAAAGAUGGCCAAUUGUACAACGACAAAGAUGUAUGGAAACCCGAACCAUGCCAGAUCUGUGUAUGUGACAGCGGUAACAUCCUGUGUGACGAAGUGAUUUGUGAAGACACCACUGACUGCCCCAAUCCAGAGAUCCCCUUUGGCGAAUGCUGCCCUAUCUGCCCUGAUUCCGAGGUGUCUCAGGAACCAGCAUACUCAGAAGUUGAGGGACCUCAGGGACCAAAAGGCGAGCGUGGAAUGAAGGGUGACAGGGGACUUCCUGGUCCUGCUGGCAACGAUGGCAUCCCUGGCCAACCUGGUCUUCCAGGUCCCCCUGGUCCCCCUGGUCCCCCUGGCCUUGGCGGAAACUUCGCUCCUCAAAUGUCUUACGGUUACGAUGAGAAAUCCGGCGGUGGUGGAAUGUCUGCGCCAGGCCCAAUGGGUCCAAUGGGUCCCCGUGGUCCUCCCGGGCCUGCAGGUUCAAAUGGUCCCCAAGGUUUCCCAGGCCCUCAUGGUGAGCCAGGCGAGCCCGGUGCUUCUGGUGCAAUGGGUCCCCGUGGUCCAGCAGGCCCCCCAGGCAAGAACGGCGAUGAUGGUGAAUCUGGCAAACCUGGCCGUCCUGGCGAGCGUGGUCCAUCAGGUCCUCAGGGUGCUCGUGGAUUCCCCGGAACCCCUGGACUUCCAGGCAUCAAGGGACACAGAGGUUUCAGCGGUCUAGAUGGUGCCAAGGGAGAUUCUGGCCCAGCUGGUCCUAAGGGCGAGCCUGGUUCAUCUGGUGAGAACGGUACCCCUGGAGCAAUGGGACCCCGUGGUCUUCCCGGUGAGAGAGGUCGUCCUGGUCCCUCUGGACCUGCUGGUGCUCGUGGAAAUGAUGGUGCUUCUGGUGCUGCUGGCCCACCUGGUUCUACUGGCCCCGCUGGUGCUCCAGGUUUCCCCGGCGGUCCUGGUGCUAAGGGUGAGGUUGGUCCUGCUGGUGGUCGUGGGUCUGAUGGUCCCCAGGGAGCUCGUGGUGAGCCCGGUAGCCCUGGACCAGCUGGUGCCCCUGGUGCUGCUGGCAACCCCGGAACUGAUGGUCAAGCUGGUGCCAAAGGUGGAGUUGGUGCUCCUGGUAUUGCUGGUGCCCCUGGCUUCCCUGGACCACGUGGUCCCCCUGGACCUCAAGGUCCCGGUGGUGCUCCUGGUGCUAAAGGCAACAAUGGUGAUGCUGGUACUCCUGGUGCAAGAGGCGAGGCUGGCGCUAAAGGCGAACCUGGUCCAGGUGGUGUGCAAGGACCCCCAGGACCCUCUGGUGAAGAAGGCAAGAGAGGUGCCCGUGGAGAGCCUGGCCCUGGCGGUGCCCCCGGCCCCAACGGCGAGCGUGGUAGCCCUGGUAACCGUGGUUUCCCUGGUGCUGAUGGAGCAGCUGGUCCCAAGGGUGGUCCCGGUGAGCGAGGAGGCCCCGGCCCUGCUGGUGCUAAGGGAUCCACUGGUGAAUCUGGUCGCCCUGGAGAGCCUGGUCUGCCCGGUGCCAAGGGUCUGACUGGUAGCCCUGGAAGCCCUGGUCCUGAUGGCAAGACUGGUCCUGCUGGCCCUGCUGGUCAAGAUGGACGUGCUGGCCCACCCGGCCCCUCUGGUGUAAGAGGUCAACCUGGGGUCAUGGGAUUCCCUGGACCCAAGGGUGCUGCUGGUGAUGCUGGAAAGCCUGGAGAGAGAGGUGUUGCUGGUGCCCCCGGUGCUCUGGGUGCCACUGGCAAAGAUGGUGAUGCUGGUGCCCCUGGUCCACCUGGCCCUGCUGGUCCCGCUGGUGAGAGAGGUGAGGGUGGUCCUGCUGGUGCUCCUGGAUUCCAGGGUCUGCCCGGACCCCAAGGAGCUGCUGGUGAAUCUGGCAAGCCCGGUGAACAGGGUAUCCCUGGAGAUGUUGGCUCCCCUGGCCCAGCUGGCUCAAGAGGUGAGAGAGGUUUCCCCGGUGAGCGUGGUGGCCCUGGAGCAACUGGCCCUGCUGGAGCUCGUGGAUCUCCUGGUUCUCCUGGUAACGAUGGUGCCAAGGGUGAGACUGGUCCUGCUGGUGCCCCUGGUGGUCAAGGUGCUCCUGGUCUGCAGGGGAUGCCUGGUGAGCGUGGUGCGGCCGGUCUGCCUGGCAUCAAGGGAGAUAGAGGUGAUGUUGGUGUCAAGGGUGGAGAUGGUGCCCCUGGCAAGGAUGGUAUUCGUGGAAUGACUGGUCCCAUUGGUCCCCCUGGCCCAUCUGGUGCUCCUGGUGAGAAGGGUGAAAGCGGUCCCGCUGGCCCUGGUGGUCCCACUGGCUCCCGUGGUGCCCCUGGCGAGCGUGGUGAGUCUGGUCCCCCUGGACCUGCUGGAUUCGCUGGUCCUCCUGGUGCUGAUGGUCAAGCUGGUGCUAAGGGCGAGCCUGGUGACUCCGGUGCCAAAGGUGAUGCUGGUGCCCCUGGCCCUGCUGGCCCAACUGGUGCCCCUGGACCUGCUGGUAACGUUGGUGCAACUGGUCCCAAAGGAUCCCGUGGGGCUGCUGGUCCUCCUGGUGCAACUGGUUUCCCUGGUGCUGCUGGUAGAGUUGGUCCCCCAGGCCCAUCUGGUAACGCUGGUGCCCCCGGUCCCCCUGGCCCCGGUGGAAAGGAAGGACAGAAAGGUAACCGUGGUGACACCGGCGCCGCUGGCCGACCUGGCGAGCCUGGGCCAGCUGGACCUCCCGGCCCUACUGGCGAGAAGGGUUCUCCAGGCAGUGAUGGUUCCCCUGGUCCUUCUGGUAUUCCCGGACCUCAGGGCAUUGCUGGACAGCGUGGUAUUGUUGGUCUUCCAGGACAAAGAGGCGAGCGUGGUUUCUCUGGCCUUCCCGGACCAACAGGUGAGCCUGGCAAACAAGGACCCGGUGGCCCCUCUGGUGAGCGUGGUCCUCCUGGCCCAAUGGGCCCCCCUGGUCUGUCUGGUGCUCCUGGUGAAGCCGGCCGUGAGGGUGCUGCUGGUAAUGAAGGUGCACCUGGUCGUGAUGGUGGUCCUGGUCCUAAGGGUGACCGUGGUGAGUCUGGCCCAGCUGGCGCUCCUGGUGCCCCCGGUGCCCCUGGCGCACCUGGCCCAGUUGGCCCUGCUGGCAAAAAUGGCGAUCGUGGAGAGAGUGGUCCUGCUGGUCCUGCUGGUCCCGCUGGCCCUGCUGGAGCUCGUGGCUCUGCUGGUGCUCAAGGAGCUCGCGGUGACAAGGGUGAGGCUGGAGAAGCUGGAGAGAGAGGCAUGAAGGGACACAGAGGCUUCACUGGUCUGCAAGGUCUGCCAGGUCCAGCCGGUCCUUCUGGAGAGCAAGGUCCUGCUGGUGCUUCCGGCCCUGCUGGUCCCAGAGGUCCCGCUGGUCCUGCUGGUAGUUCUGGUAAAGAUGGUGUCAGCGGUCUGCCCGGUCCUAUUGGUCCACCUGGUCCCCGUGGUCGCACUGGUGAUAUUGGACCUGCUGGUCCCCCUGGUACUCCUGGUCCCCCUGGUCCCCCAGGCCCACCCGGCGGCGGAUUCGACUUCGGUUUUGUUGCUCAGCCCUCUCAGGAGAAGGCCCCCGAUCCCUUCCGUCACUACAGAGCCGACGACGCCAACGUUGCCCGUGACCGCGAUCUCGAGGUUGACACCACCCUCAAGUCCCUGAGCCAGCAGAUCGAGAACAUCCGCAGCCCCGAGGGCACCAAGAAGAACCCCGCCCGCUCCUGCCGUGACCUGAAAAUGUGCCACCCCGAAUGGAAGAGCGGCGAGUACUUUGUUGAUCCCAACCAGGGCUGCACUUUGGAUGCCGUCAAGGUCUACUGCAACAUGGAGACUGGUGAGACUUGCGUCUACCCAACCCAGGCCAACAUCCCACAGAAGAACUGGUACACUAGCAAGAACGCCAAGGACAAGAAGCACGUCUGGUUCGGCGAGACAAUGAGCGAUGGCUUCCAGUUCGAAUAUGGUGGAGAGGGCUCCGACGCUGCUGAUGUCAACAUCCAGCUUACCUUCCUGCGUCUGAUGGCCACCGAGGCAUCCCAGAACAUCACAUACCACUGCAAGAACAGCAUCGCCUACAUGGACCAACAAGCUGGCAACCUGAAGAAGGCUCUUCUCUUGCAAGGCUCCAACGAGAUUGAGAUCAGAGCCGAAGGAAACAGCCGAUUCACAUACAGUGUCACCGAGGACGGUUGCACAAGGCACACCGGCGCAUGGGGCAAGACAGUCAUCGACUACAAGACCACAAAGACCUCCCGCCUGCCCAUCAUCGACAUUGCACCCAUGGACGUUGGCGCACCCGAUCAAGAAUUUGGCAUCGAAGUUGGCCCAGUCUGCUUCUUGUAAAAAAGAAAUCUGGACUUGGAAAUUGUUUUUUCUAGCAGUCAUCUCUCUACACUCUUUCCUAUGCAUUAAAAAAAAAAACUUCAAAUUUCAUUUGACCGUCAACGGUCCACUUGCUUAAACUAUGCACCUGAAGACGGUGUUUGUGAGUUAUCAUUUUUGUUGAAUUCUUUGGGACCACUACUUUUACCAACACCUUACGACAAGGACACUUUUAAAAAUCUUUUUGGUUCUCUGGCGACAAGAAAAUAAUAUAUACUUGUAAAGUGUAAAAUCCCUUGGAGUAUAUAAAAACAAAAUUAAUAAUUACAGAUGACUUUUUGGCCGUUUUUUUUUUUUUUAACCACUGCGGAAAGACAAUGACAAACCAAAUGCUAUGUACCGUUUUCAGGUGUUGAAUAAAUUUGAAAAACGACAUUGAAGUGUCUUGUUGUUCUAACCACAAGAAAAUGAAAACAAAAGCUUUGUUCUUGAUAAAACAAUGUUGUUUCUGUUUUUCUCAGUAAUAAAAAAGAGGGUUAACUUCCUUUAAAAUCUUAAGGCUACCUCAAAAUACCAACAGUGUUAGCAACAACACCAGGCUAGGUUUUACACUUCAUCAAAAACAACAACAACAACAAAGGUGCUAUUUCUUAAUGAGGUCCCGAAAGCUGUGUAAAAUACAAAAUAUUUUUUUAAGAGAAAUACAAGGUAAUUAGAAAGUAAGUUUACCACAUCAAUAAUAUGGUGCAUUAAUGUGGUAAACUUACUUUCUAAUCACCCUGUAUAUAGAUUCUUUUUCACAAUACGCUAACGGGACCUUUGGUGCUAAAUUACAAAACUAUGUCCUUGCUGUCAAUGAGCAACACUUGAGUUCUUCAAGGUGUUAUUUCAGCUCUCCAGAUAAGUCCAAUUCAAGGAAAUGUUCUCUGUUGACUAUCUUAGCUGUCUUCAGUAGAUUAAGCAGGUGGAUACCCAAUUUUUUUUCUUUCCCUCCUUUUUCUCAUCUCAUCGCUUCAAACCGUACACCUCUCUACCUUUUUUUUUUUGUUAGUGAAGGGUUUUAAAAAAAUUUAAAUGGAAAAAAAAAAAGUUCAAGAUGCAGACACAAUUCUGCCGGGUGAAAGGAGAGGGUCUGUGCCAAUUUUGUGUAUGUAUAAUAAUUUGAGAUGUUUUUAAUUAUUUUGAAUGCUGAAAUAAAGCAUGUUAAGUGGUCUAACAAA